AUGGAAAAGGAGAAGAAGCAGUCAAGUAGUAGCAGCAACACAAAAACCACUAGUAGUGGAGCAGGUGGAAGUAUGAUACCAGCCUCACAACAAUUCCAUAUAACAGAUAAAAGGUAUGAAGUAAUUAAACAAGUACUUUACGAAACCGAGAAACCAGACUUGUCAUCAUUGACACAAGAAGAUUUGGAAAGACAUGAACGAUAG